AAAGGCAUGGAUAAUAGAGUUUGAAGUAUGGUGUGAAGCUUCUAAUUUGCUACACUAGACCACAAAGGAACAAAUUACAAACUAAGAGCUAAAAAACAAGCCAAAAACUACCAUAAAAUGCUAUGAUUUUGUAAUUCAAGUCCUUCCUACAUAUCAUUCUAUUCUAUGCACUCUGUUGCACUAACAAAUUCUGAUCCAAUUAAUGCCUUUGCACUUGCAAUUCGGUCGUGUAAAGAUUUACCCAAAGCUCAGCAAUUGCACAAGAAUCUUCUAGAAAGCCAACAUGCCAAGAACAAAUUUCUCCUCAACCUGCUGCUUUCUGCAUAUGGCAGAUGUGGAGGUCUGGAAUAUGCAAAGAAAGUGUUUGACAACAUGGUCACACCAAAUGUAUUUACCUGGAAUCUCAUGAUUCAAGCUUAUGCCGAGAAUGGGCAUUUGGAGAAAGCCCAACAGAUGCUUAAUUCGAUGCCUGAAAAAAACCCUAUAGCACAGAACGCUCUCAUCUCUGCUUAUGCACAAAGAGGAGAUUUUGAAAACUCCAGAGAAGUAUUCAACAGCAUGAAGGACAGAACAGCGGCAUCUUGGAACACAAUGGUGACAGUAUAUGCCCGAAAUGGGCAACUUGACGAGGCAAGGAGUGUUCUCGAGAGCAUGCCAGAACCUAACAUUCUCGCUAUCACAGCCAUGGUUGUGGCAUAUGCUGAGGUUGGGAAUCUCAAGCAGGCAAGGAUUCUUUUUUAUUCCAUGGCCCAGCGUGACAUUGUGUCCUGGACUGCAAUGCUCAAGGCCUAUGUCUAUAACAGCCAAAUGGAUGAUGCCAAAAAGCUGUUUGAUUCCAUGCCAGAGAGGAAUGUGGUAUCCUGGACGACAAUGCUUACAGCAUAUUCCCAGUCUGGGCAUCUUGGAAGUGCCAAGGGCAUCUUUGAUGCCAUGCCUGAGAAGAAUGUAGUGACGUGGACGUCGAUGGUACAAGGGUACGCUCUCCAUGGCCACGUGGAAGAUGCGGAAGCGCUGUUCCAGCAAAUGCCAGAGCGGGACAUUGUGACGUGGAACGCCAUGCUGGUGGGAUUCACACAGAAGGGACACGUGGCAAGAGCCAAGAAGCUGUUCGACCAGAUGCCCAGGUGGGACGCCGUGACGUGGAGCAUUAUGCUGCAAUGCCUUGCCGAGAAUGGGCAUCUGGAAGAUGCUAGGAAUCUCUUUGACAGGAUUCCCGAGCGCAAUGUGGUGGUGUGGAAUAUUCUCAUCCAGGCGUACGUCCAGCACGAAGAUAUCAACACCGCCACGUGGCUCUACCACAGAAUGCCAGCUCACAACAGAAUCACACGAAAUGUUAUGAUCGUUGCAAAUGCCCUGGAAGGGCAUCUGGAAGAUGCCCGUUGCAUAUUCGACAAUAUGCCUAGCAAAGAUAUUGUGAGCUGGAGCUCGCUGAUCGAGGCAUACGCACAAGCGACCUACGUUGACCAGGCAAAGUCAAUGUUUGACCGGAUGCCCGAGCAUGAUACUGUUGCGUGGACCGCAAUGUUUGCAGCAUUUGCCCAAGAAGGCGAUUUGGUAGCGGCGAAGUUGAUGUUCCACGGCAUGCCCGAGCAAGAUACCGUCGCCUGGAACGCGAUGACCGCAGCGUUUGCGCAGAAUGGGCGAUACUCCGACGUGGAGAAGUUCUUCGGCUUUGCUCCCAGCAGAGAUCCUGUGACUUGGAGCGCUCAAAUCGCGACUUACGCGCACAAUGGCCACGCCGUGGAGGCGCUCCAUCUAUUCUGGUGCUUGCUGAUUGAGGGGAUGAUCCCCGACGCCACCAUCUUCAACAACAUCCUCUCGGCGAGCAGCCACAUUGGCGAGCUCAAGGAUGCCUGGCGCUACUUCGUGUCCAUCACUGACGAUCACGGCCUGGUCCCCUCGCACGAUAACUACUGCUGCAUGGUGGAUGUUCUUGGGCGGUGUGGACAGCUGCGAGACGCCGAGGAGCUCGUCCACACUAUGCCGUUUUUGCCGGACUCGGUGGCGUGGGGUGCACUGGUUGCGUCUUGCAAGGAGCACAACGAUGCCGAUCGGGCCGCUCGAGCAGCUCAGCUUGCAGCCGAGAGGAACCCAGAGAAUUCAGUGUUCUACGUGCUGCUCUCCAACACUCUGAGAACCAUCAAACAGAAAAGGAGAAGUUCUAGUCAGGAAGAGACGUGCGAAGCUUGAAUUUACCAAAGGAUGCCGAGAUUUGUAUCGCAAGCAUUCAUUCUUCUACCUCUGCCGCGGCUGUGCGCUUAUUGCAAGCACGAUUGGCAACUCGAGCAGCAAAGGAACCCGGAAAUUUCAAUCUUUUACAUGUUGCUCUCCUACACCGAGAGCCAUCAGUAUAAAAAAGUUCGAAAAAUCCUGUACUUUACCAGAGGCAAUCGAGUUUUUUUCCCAA